UCGCAGUUGUGCAAACGGACGCGAGAACGGAUACAUACCGGCAGCAGAUGAACGUCCUUACUUGUGACUAGCGCGCCUAUCCAUACUGGUGUGCACGAAAUUCUUUUCUCUCACAAUGGAAUACUAUGAUUGUUGUUGUUAUUACUCCCAACAAUAAUAUAAUGGUGAAAAUCGAUCAGGAUCCAUUUCCAUUCCCUGUGUGAAUGUUUAUGCAGAGUCUCAUUCUGGUUCGGUAGUACGUCGACUAACGGAAUACGAUCACACUGGAUCCUAUAAUAAACCAGCCGGGUGAUAUUUCAAAUGUCAUGAAGGUUAAAAACAGACGUUCCGCAACUCGCCCAGGGACAAUAACUGAAGAACGGACGGUUAACACCGUCGAGUACACAAGCAGCGGUGCUGCUGGCAGUGAAUCCCAAAUCGGGAAACGCAAGAAGCAAUCCCCUUGUACAGAUGUCGCCAGGCCAGGGAAAGCAACCAAAACGCAUAACACGAUGCUGAACAACGGUGCUCCGAAAGCGAGCAAGAAGAGGCGAACCGUUAGCGCCACAAAUGGUUGCGUUUCGGUGCAGUUUGCUAAAUCCACUCCUUCUGUGCAUCAGUCAACUAGCUGCUCUUCUGCCUCCUCGGUUGUCUCAGGAACUGGUGACCCUGUGGAUCCGUACGAAUUUGCUGUGAAAACGGAAGAAGAACACUCUGACUGUGUUGGACUUAACAAUCAUACUGGCCCCUCCAGCCUAAACAGCGUGCCACCAAUGAAACGUAUGAAACUGGAUAGGAUCGAAGACCGCGUUCUUCCAGACUCAGCCCGCAGCAGUCCUCUACCUCCAUCAGUGUUCAGCCAUCCAAGUCCCGGCCCACAUUCCUCACCUUCCAGUGCCCACUGUACGCGCCCCUUAUCAGUCCUAACCGACUUUUCUUCGUCCUCCGGCAGUCGUGGUCAUCCUGACCUGGAGAGAUCGACCACUGUCACCUCCAUUUCCUACCCAAACGGAAUGGACGGCUUCAACCACAGACCCCCAAACGCCUCAAUUCACAGUAGUGAAUCACACUCCCCCAAUCCUCUCACGAGAAUCACACACAAACAUUCAAAUUCCCAAAUGAAUACACCGACCACAACCCCAGCGACAGAUUCCAUCAAUCAACCACGAUCUCCGUGCAAUCCAGAUAAUAUCUGUCGACUUAAAUCUGCUAAUGGCUACUGCAACUCUUCCAGUCCCUCUCCUAGCAUCCCGCUGCAAUGUUCCAUCGCAUCCAGCACACCGACAAUGAAACCCACACAUCGUGGAAUUGGUGUGAAUACAACCUUAGACAGUUGUAAGGGUACGAUAACUGAGCCGGAUUUACUGGGUCCGUGUGAGCCAGGAACUACCAUAUGCUUGAAUGGAAUUGUGUGGCUAGAGACUACGACUGGACAGUUCCAACGAAUGGGAUACACAAAGAACGGUCUCACUUCUGCUGAAGUAGACACAUCUGCGAGCAAAUAUGAGGCUGGGAGCAGUAGGCAUAGAAAUGAACUGUGGAUUGUAUGUGGUUUAGGAGCGCCAUUCACAGUGAAAACGCGUGUCUUGGUUGUCAAUGUCACGUGGCGAGGUAGAACCUAUAUUGGAACGCUUCUGGAUGCGACACAACAUGACUUCGCCCCACUCUGUCCACGUGAUUACAUACCCCCGUUCAAAUCUUCUGUGCGCUCUAGUAAUCGGACGAAACGGAGGGCGGGGUUGUCUGGCGGCUACAAACAGCCCUGUGAUUCUCUGGGCCCCACUGCCGACGUUACAGGAAAAUCACUAGCUACAGUCAGCGGGAGGACGAGACUACGCGGGCGAAACAGCAAUUCACCACUGAAUAGGCUGUCAAUGCCCGCGACGACGACAACCACAACCAACAUACUUGUUACAACUACCUCGUCAGACUCCUGUGCAACAAACUCUGUUGGAACCCUGUCGUCUUCUGAUAAAAAGAAGACGGAUGGGGUGAGUAUUUUGGAGUCAGGUGUGGAUGAAGAUGACACAGCAGUGGGUCUUCCACUUUCUGAAGACGAAUCAGCGGUGGACUCAUCAUCCAGUCACCUGGGUCCAGUCAAACAAUGCAGCACGAAACGUGGCGCCAGUAGUUCGUCCAGUGAUUGUCCUCUGGAUAAUUUACCAGAGUCCUCGGAGGCACAGGAUACAAGUACAUUUACCGAACAACUUCAUAUUCAUGGUAUACAGUCAUCUGCCCUUGACAAGCCAUGGCAGUCCGGAGGUGAUAGUGUUCCCAAUGAAAACAGCAAGAAGGAAAGUGGUGAAUCGACUGAACGUGAGGACGAAGAUCUCAAAUCAUCUUUUCCCAUCACUUGUCCUAUACAAGGGUGUAAGAAACGCUUUACCCACAUGACUGCAUUACGUUUCCACCUUAAUCAUACAAGACAUGAGAGUGCUCCAUCAGACAGUGGCUAUGAAAAUCUGUCUACCUCACUCGCAAACCGGGAUGUUAACUGUAUACCACGCAUUAACGAUUCACCCCCAACCAUCUCACCACCAUGUCCAAGAAGUCCCGUCUCUCCUGUUCGCUCUCCAGCCAUCUUACAGCCUGAUCUGCCCCCAAAUUCCGCUGCCUCUCAAGACAGGACAAAUUCCGUGACAGACACAACAGCCUUCGAUGUUGCUGAAAGUCAUAAAACAACAAGUGGGAGUAAACACGAUGUUUCAAACUUAUCGAGGCCCCACGAAACACAGGGAUUAUUUUCAAAACCAUACACAACGUCAUCCAACACAUCCGGAUCAGGUCACGAUUCCGCCGGACCAAAUACCUCUACCAUUCGGACGGUUACGGCACAUACUGUUUCAAUUCCAUAUGGAAGCACAAACAAAACCGACCUGCUUGGGUCAGGUUCCACGAGACUUGGGUUGGGAUACUCGAACCCAAGUAAACAGCGCACAAACUCUGGUGCUCGUGGUGACAUCAAUAAAGGACGAGGCCAGCAUCACAAAUUUAUCAGUCCAAACAUGAAACCAACAGAGUUACCCACCAGCCCCUCAAGACAACCCCAACAAAUGAACCCAUCAAAGAGCUUUUUGGAUUCUCACAGUUUACCACCUUUCCUUCCGCCUUCGGUACGACAUAAUGGUGCACCUGUUGAUGCCCCUACUGUAUCCCAGAUGGUAAACAGCCUGGCCUUCAUGUCACGUGAUCUGAACAGCGGACACGUUCCAAUAAACAACCCGUUUGUACCACUUCCUCCGGGAGUCUGGAACUUUUCACCCCAGUCUAGUGGUUAUUCUAUGGGUGAACGAUCCAAUUCGGUCAAGCACCAUGAUUCUGAUCCACGACGUGCCAUUGAGGGUCUUCACUCGAAUGGUGAUGCUCUUGUCCCAAGCCAUACACCUCCUAACCAGCCCUCAUGUAGUUCGGCGAUGAACUUAACUAACUAUGUUUCUAGUGUCUCAUCCGUGAACCCAACUGUUGAGGGCAGCCAUCCCCAGUUUGCCAAUUCCCAUACAGGACGAACGCCUAUCCCACCUCUUAUGGACCCUUCACACCUCUACGGAUUGCCUGAUUUCAUUGUUGCAGCGGCGAUGAACGCAUUGCACUCGAAUGGUUUUUCCAACUUAACCGAAGCAUCUCGCCCUUAUUCGGCCUCCAGCAACGCAGCACUAUCCAAGACUACCCCCACGACUCCAUCAUUUGUCGGGCCGGGACAAGGAUACAAUUCACAAGCCCCAAUAUUAAAACCAGCAAAUACCUCUGUUUCAUCGUCUGCUCCUCUGAGCCUUACCGCACCACCACCUGCACUGGCUCCAAUGAUGGGCGGUUCUGGACCACCAUUAUUACACCCGUCCUUAUUACAUAACCUCGGUCUCAUACCUCCAAAUGGAUCGAGUUCCACAAAUAGUAAUGAUCGGAUGGAUCCCUUCAAACUUUCAGCAGCCUACUUUAUGCAGCAGGCAGUCGCGGCCGGCUCACAACUUUCUUCUGGUUUCGGGCAACCGUCGUCAUGACCUGGACGGUUCGUGUCGGUUUUCACGCCACAAUGUCUUUCAAAACCUGUUCAUGUGACCCUGGUCCAACCUCGUUGUACGCCAGAUUCUCUGCAACGCUGUCCUGAUUGGCACAUUGUUUCGGCACCAUAUCCUCCCGACAAACUUUCGUGGAUCAGUUACACAGUAGCCGAUUUCUCAUGAUAUAUUGUGCAUCCUGUCGUUUUGUUCCGGAUACAUUGUUCCAGUCAGACCAGUGAAUGUGACGGUCUGCUCUCUUCUGUUCCACGCUUGAAGUCCUUAUUUACAAAGGCCUGUGUGUAUGUGUGUGUACACAGUUAUACUUGUCAGGAAUACAUACAGAAGUCGCCGAUUCCCCCUCUUUGUUGGUGGCCCCCUUGAAAUUCGGUAUUUAUCAUAAUCACAUUCAGUUAAAUCAAAAAGAGGUUGAUGGUUUCAUACUUGACUGUCCGCAUUGGUAGAAUGUGUUUUCUUUGGUACAUGCACAUAUUCAAGUCUACCAUAAACGCACGGUCAAGGACAACGAACCCUACGCGAAAGGCCAACCUCAACAAAAAGUCAAUUCCCCGGCGCUUUACUGUGUGUUUAGUGUGCUCCAAUCGCCAAUCGCAUUGUGACAUGCCACCCCAGGUCUACGCUUCCGCCAACUUCAUUUUGAGGCCGUUCCAAACUGCCUAACCAACACCAUUGUAGCACACUGUGUACAUGUAACCCUCCCUCGACAGCCGUCACACACGACCUGUUUAUUUAUGACUAUUUCUUUAUUUACCGAUUGACUUAGCCCGGUAGUUUGAGCCUGUUGUGCAAAAUAUUUUCUUUUUUAUACACCCAAUGCAAU